AUGGCCAUCUCACACUCGCCAGAGAGCGCUGUUACUCAGAACAACAACACAGGAAAUCCACCUUCUAUCACAAACCUCCAAAACCACAUCACGUCUCCCACCCUGUGGUACCGACUGCACGUCCUACUAUACGACCUGCAGCACUUCAACCAGCGACCAGACUCCCGCGAGCGUCUCGAGACCGUGACCGAUCUCUCCUACAUUGGAUCACCAUACUUUAACGACGACGAAACCACCGCUAUCAAAAACACCGUUGUCCAUGGCAAGACACUUGCCCAAAUCAUCGAGCAAGAGCUCCAGGCGCGGCUCGAACGACGCAACAAGAAGCGGUUCGAUAGCGGGGACUUUCGAGUUGGCGUCCACGCUUGGUACGAAUCUGAAACAACUGAAUAA